UCCACUGGGGCAGCCUCCUACUUGCUGGAAAAGCAGCAGCACUGGUCGAAAUAGCUCUGGCUGCAGGGCAGCUGUGACAGAUGGUGCUGCGGUAGCAAGCCGGAUCUCAGAAGUCCUGGCCGCGCUGCAUUACUAUCUUGUGCUCUAAUAUUGGCAGCCUGCGCUGCGUGCGCGGCCCUCUAGUCCCGCGGGGGCAACGGCGGCCCCGGAAGAGUCCUCGUAUGGCUGAGCACAAGGAGCAGAAGCUUCCGGGCAGGGUAAACCACCCGAGCUGCCCCAUGCUGGGGGACACCGCCGCCACGCAGCCCUGGUGGCUUGCCCGUCCCGCGAAGCUUGCGCCGACGCAUCAGCACGGGAGCCCCACGAAGGACCGCACUUCCGUUUCAAACCGGCUAUAACUAGGAAGCUAGGAUACUUUCGCCUCCGCCGGCUACUCGUCGUCUGUCUCACGCCGGGAGAGGCCUUCGAAGCUGCCCGUCGCGGCGUCGAGGCAGCGCUCCGCUACUCGUCGUCUGCCUGCGCGGGAGUGGCCAACGAGGCUGCCCGUCGCGAGCCCCGAGGCAGCACCCAGACCGUAGCCAGUAGCCCAGCUAGCGCAGCGCCGCGCGAGCAGGCAGCACCCGGACCGUAGCCAGCUCAAGAUGUCCGCCGCCGCGGCCCACGCGGCCAGACAAAAAAACAAGGCCAAGAAGGAGGCCGCCGCCGCGAAGGACAACUCGCCGUCGAAGUGGUCCUUCCGCAGCACGAAGGUAGAGGACGCGCCGGCCGAGGGUAUCAUACAAACGGACGAAGAUGUCGAGUACUCGAAGUGCUUCCCCACGCUCGAAGUGGAACGACCUAGCACGGACGGCUUCUUCCUCAACAAAUUGCGCUACUACCAGCCCGAGGACAAGUAUAUCUACGAGCACGUCUACGUGCAAAUCUUCGUCGCCGUCCUCAUCAUGGGUAAUUUCGGCGUGAACAUCGCGGAAGCGCAGAUCGGCACGAACGGCUACGCUAAAGAGGCGGAGUCGGGCCGGGGCAGCUACAAGGACAAGGGCGGCUACAAGGAGACGACGUACGACGGCACGGAUAUCUACUUUAAGAGGGGCGAGGACUCGCACCUGUCGUCGACGAUGCGCGUCUUCGUGGGCUUCGAGGAGUUUUUUUUCUGGGCCUUCCUCAUUGAGUUGUCGAUGAACUAUUAUAGAUAUGCCGAUUAUCGACUCAACGAGUUCUGGAAGGACGGCUGGAACUGCUUCGAUAGUUUCAUUGUGGGCGUGACGAUCCUAUUCAAGAUGCCGUUCGAAUUACCGGUCUACCUGAAGUACUUGCGGUUAUUGCGGGCGUUCCGCGUGUUUCGAUUAUUCAAGCGCAUCAAGUCGCUCAACAAAAUUAUUGUUUCAUUGGGCAAGGCCGUGCCCGGCGUGUCGAACGCCUUUUUGAUCCUUUUGUUAGUGAUGGCGAUCUACGCGAUCUUGGGCGUCGAGCUCUUCAGCCAGCUGCCCUGCGGCGUGAACAGCCGGGACGGGCCGAACUCGUGCGUGAGCAUGAACGGCUGGAUGGCCGAGGGCUACCACCUCUAUGGGUUGCAGGACUCGACGUGUACCGGCACGGGCUGCCCGGAUUUUUCUACCUAUGAUAAUUGGGAUAAAACGGCCGCGAACUGCCCGGCCGGCUGCGUAUACACUGCAAACGGCUGGGGGCGCGACGGGAAGUUCAAGUGGGGCGGCGACGUCGGCCAGGCUGGGGUGGAUAGGCCCGCGGACGGGCCGCCUCCCUUAAUGUGCUCCAAGGAGGGCGCGCCCGGCUACGGCAUCGUCAAGGAGUGCCGGAUCCAGUACCACUACGGCCAGGAGUACUGGGGCAACUUCAUGAAGUCUUUGUAUACACUGUUCCAAGUGUUGACGGGCGAGUCGUGGUCCGAGGCCGUCGCGAGGCCGCUACUCGAAUGGUCCCCGGUACCAACGGCCAUCUUCUUCGUGAGCUUCAUGCUGCUGAACGGUAUUGUUUUGAUCAACGUCGUCGUGGCCGUUUUGUUGGAGAAGAUGGUCGACGAAGACCCGCCGCCCGAGGACGAGGGCGGCGACGAGCCCAUCACGGAGGCAGGUGUUGACGGCGGCGCGCCGCCGCGCCCCGAUGCCGACGGGGACGCGUUGAUGACCAAACUGGAAGCGAUUCAGAAACAGCUCGACGUCCUGACGGCGCAGCGGGACGGCGCGGUCCGGGCGCAGCCGGCGGCGGCGGCGUAGACCGCCGGCGCCCUAACGUAUAACGAAUAUUAGUCUA